GAAUCCAAAAUGGUCGAGAUAAAUGUAGGAGACAAACAGAUUUUUACGCAUGCACGUCGCUUGUAAUUUGCAGGCUCUUUUGGCUCGGAUCCACAUGGACAUCUAAUCAUCUAAUUGUUCUAGCAGGUUCGCACCCAUCCAACGCAAUGCGAGCGAUGUAAGAACAAAAUAUCACGCUGGCGGCACAAGCCUGGUCAGGCACGUAGCUCGGCAAUAAUGUGGCUCUGCCAGCUUUGUCCUUCAACUUUUGACACCAGAAGCUACCUGGAUGAUAAAAGCUAUUAUAGCCGGCCUGGGCCAGUUUCACCCCCUCUUGGAUCGUUUUUCACGGAAUCAGUCCUGAGGAUUGGAGUAAUGUGUGAUAACAGUAGAUCAUGCUGGACACUGAUUUGCUGUUGAGAUUCCUGCGCUCGGACGGUGAUGAUCUGAUAAACAAAAGACAAGGAGAAAGACAAAUAAGAUUUUUUUUUCUUUUUUAUCAGCUUUGAAACAAGGAGGUCAACGACAGCUUAUUGGGAGAACUAUUGAUGAUUUCUAUUUCUUUUUGUCUCUUUUUCUACUCCUUUUUUUUACGAUUUGUACGGUCAGGCUCGAAGCAAAUGAAAGGAUUCACAAUGUUGACGAGGCUUUUCAGUGAUCCUUCGUUGCUUCCCGACGUGCAAAAAUACUCUGCCUGGGCGGAAGACAGCGAUGGAGAGGACCACAAAAUCAAAGACGAAGACCAGGACGCUCAGGACGACAUGGAGGCCUCUGACAUGAGGGGAGACAGUCGGACGCAUUCAGAGCACGCCGGGGACGACGACGAGGACGACGACGUGGAAGAAGACGAGGACGGCGAGGAUACUGAGGGUGAAAGACCCAAGAAAAGGGGCCCCAAAAAGCGCAAAAUGACCCAGGCUCGGAUCGAGCGCUCCAAGAUGCGGAGGAUUAAGGCCAACGCCAGAGAGCGGACCCGGAUGCACGAUCUGAACUCUGCGCUUGACAAUCUGCGUAAAGUUGUGCCCUGCUACUCCAAAACGCAAAAACUGUCCAAAAUCGAGACGCUCCGAUUGGCAAAAAACUAUAUCUGGGCCUUGUCGGAGAUACUGCGUUCUGGGAAGAGGCCUGAUCUUGUUUCUUACGUCCAGACGCUGUGCAAGGGUCUCUCCCAGCCCACUACCAACCUGGUGGCGGGAUGCCUGCAGCUGAACUCCCGCAACUUCCUCACUGAGCAGCAGUGUCAGGACGGGGGCAGGUAUGGCUCCGGCUCCUUCUCCAUGAACUCCUACCCGUAUCAGUGCGCGCGUCUGUCCAGCCCCCACUGCCAGCCGGGCUCGAACUCGCAUCCGCUGAGGACGCACGGUUAUUGCUCGGCGUACGACUCCCUGUACGGUGGGAGCGGGUCACCGGAGUACAACAGCCCCGAGUAUGAGGGCCCUCACAGCCCGCCCCUGUGCAUCAACGGCAACUUUUCCCUCAAGCACCAAGGCUCUGCGUCCCCGGAGAACGAGAAGGGUUACCACUACUCUAUGCAUUACUCUGGCCUGCCUGGCUCCAGACCGGCUGGGGCCCACAAUCUGGUGUUUGGCUCCUCGGGGGCCCGGAGCGGCAUUCACUCUGAAAACGUCCUGCCUUACCACGACAUGCACUUACACCACGAGCGGGCCCCCGUCUAUGAUGAACUGAACGCGUUUUUUCACAAUUAAAAAGUGAAGCCCAUCAUGCGUCCUCUUGUUGUCAAAACCACCCACGGCACACUUUCGGACUAUAAGCCCGCCAGGAUCCAGACAGUAUCCUGGAUAUAAUAUUAAUAUUAAUAAUAAUAAUAAUAAAACCUCUCACUCAUUGUUUUCAUUGGUGUUUUUUUUCUUUACCUGUCAACAUCCAGUCUGUUUUUGCUAUAGUCAGGGAUGUAGUGGAAGAAAACUUGAACUACAAUCUCAUUUUGCGCAAUAAAAGCUUCCCGUCCUUUGAAAGUGACCUGCAUUUCAAGAGGACUUCAUAAAUAAACCACAUUAGUAGACAACAAACGGAUUUGAAAUAAUAUUUAUCAUGUGUGAUUUGUGUUUGUAUUGGUGAUUGUUUGCAUUUUGGUGGCAGGAUGUCCUACUACACCUCCCCACACUUUUUUCCCCAUAUACCACUACAUCGCUGGCUAUUUAGCAACACUCACCUAAAAUUGGUGGUUAUGUUAUAAAAGAACAAUUAAAAAAUCACCUGCAAGGGACGAAAUGAAAAAAAAAAUCUAACAGGAGUGCAAAAACAAACGUUGAGCUGUUAAAAAUUAUAAGAUGUGUUGGUUGGGUUGUUUUUGAAAUUAUUUGUAUAUUUAUUUUCCGCCAGGAAAUCCGUCGUUUGGCAUCUAUGCAAAACCAUACGAGAGCACGAAGCGAGACAGACAAAGGCCCAGAAAGACACUGAUCCAAUGACAGCACUUUUGCUGCACACAUUCUCUCUCACACACACCCACACACACACACUCCUUCAUUAAACACACACACCCACACGCACACACACACACUGGAAUCACACUUAGGAAACCUGACAAACAUGCUCUGGCCAAAAUCUUCAACUGAAGUCAACAGUCUGACAUACACUGGAACUGACAAUGGAAGAUAUUUAUGACAUUAUUAAGUUAUUUAUAUCGUUUUGUUAGCCAACAGGGCUAUUCAAAUGGAGUUUUUAUUUAUUGCCAAUGUAUUAUUAUUAUUAUUAUUAUUAUUAUUAUUAUUAUUAUUAUUAUUAUUAUUAUUAUUAUUAUUGAACAGGUUUUAUUAUUUAUUUUGUAAUUAUUGUUAAUAGUCAAUGGAAAUGAAGGGAACCCUAUAUUGCUGGCCAUUUUUUUUUGUUUUGUUUUGUUUUGUUUUUCAUAGAAACUCAAAUCUUUCAACUUUGUAUUCAACCAACUGUGUGGUAAAAUAAAAUAACAGCAAAUGAGA